AGCAUUUGCCGGCGCUUCGACGUGACGUUGACGUCAAAAUGUCGGGGCCUCGAACGACUUCGUGAAGCCGUCCCCUUUUCCCCUCGUCUUGUUCUCUCACAAGUUUGGUUAUGGGUGUUCACGAUUUGUGGUCUAUCGUGGAGCCGGUUCGUGAGUCGGUGCCGCUGUACAGUCUGAGCGGAAAGACGCUGGCUGUUGAUCUGAGUUUAUGGGUAUGCGAGGCCCAGCACGUCCAAGCAAUGAUGGGGAGAGUUACCAAACCCCACCUGAGGAAUCUGUUUUUCAGGGUGUCAUCCCUCACCCUCAUGGGGGUGAAGCUCGUCUUUGUGAUGGAAGGAGAAGCCCCUAAACUUAAAGCAGAAACCAUGAGCAAGAGGACAGAGGCAAGAUAUGGAGGAUUCAAAAAGGCAGCUGCUCCAAAGUCUGCAGCAAACACCAGCAGAGGGCGCUUUAAAGCUGUGCUGAGAGAGUGUGCAGACAUGUUGGACUAUCUGGGUGUGCCGUGGGUGACUGCAGCCGGGGAGGCUGAGGCCAUGUGUGCCUACCUGGACUCACAGGGCCUGGUGGACGGCUGCAUCACUAAUGAUGGAGACGCAUUCCUGUAUGGAGCCCGGACGGUCUACAGGAACUUCAACAUGAACAGUAAAGACCCUCAGGUGGACUGUUACAGGACCUCCAGGGUACAAACAGAGUUACAGCUCUCCAGAGAGAAUCUUGUCGGUCUGGCCAUCUUUCUUGGCUGUGAUUAUAUUCCUAAGGGCAUACCAGGCGUUGGUAGAGAGCAAGCUCUGAGGCUUAUACAGACGCUGAAAGGACAAACACUUCUGCAGAGGUUCAUCCAGUGGAAGGUGGAGAAUGCAGGCGUGCUUGAGGGAGUGGUGAAGAAGGUUGCUCACUGCAACGUAUGUCGACAUCCUGGCUCAGCGAAGGCACAUGAGCGCGGUGGCUGUGUGCUUUGUGACAGUAAACGUUUCUGUCAGCCUCAGGACUUCGACUACCAGUGUCCCUGUGACUGGCACCGCUAUGAACAGACGCGCCAGGCCAUGUCUUUUGAGGCUAACAUCAGGAAAAAAACACUGGCAAGCCAACAGUUCCCCUUUACAGAGAUCAUUAAUGAGUUCCUGAUUUCGAAGGAUAAGCCUGUGUCACAUUUCAAGAGCAGGCAACCAAACAUGCUGUUGAUGCAGAAAUUUGCCUCUGAUAAGAUGGAGUGGCCGAAGCACUACACGAGUGAAAAGCUUUUAGUCUUGAUGACCUACACAGAGCUGAUGAACAGAAAAUAUGGAAGAGAGAUGUCCUCUCAAAUCAAGCCCCUCAGAAUAUUGAAACCAAGGGUGAGGAACGCCAUCGCUUGCUUUGAAAUCAUCUGGAGCACACCAGAACAUUAUGUGUUUCCUGAGGAUCGGCCUGCAGAGGAUCAACAUGAGGUGAGGACUGUGGAGGAAGAGUCUCUCGUCCGUGUGGCCUACCCAGAGAUGGUGGAGAGCUACCUGAGAGACAAAGCUCUGGCUGAAGAGAACAAGACCAAGAAGAGGAAACCAAAGAGUAAAAAGGAGAAGCCAUGUGAAAUCUCUGAUGGCAUUUCAGACCUCUUGGCCCAGAUGACCCUUCAGAGUUCCUCUAACACUCAGCAGCAGACUCUUCUCCCUACUAUUUCAACCACAGAGAAACUGGAAGUAGUGGUUUUGGACACUCCAGUGAACCAUAAACAGUGCGAGUCAAAAGAGGACAACAGCAGUGCUGGUGAUUGCCCGAGUACUCCUCUGUCUCGUGCAGAAUCAGAGGCUACUGCUUCACCUUCUGUCUCUGUUGUCAUCGAGGCUCUACACCUGAGUGACAUCGACUGGGAUGCUUUGUCCUUCACAUCCUCUCCAACUCCACAGUCAGCUGCAAACCACACCGCUGAGCCCAAAACCACAGACAGUGAGGCAAAGGAAAAAGAGGGCACAACCACCAAGCGGAAAACCUCAAGCGACGUCAAAGAAACAGACCCCAGAUCUGCUCCAGAGUUCACAGAGUGCCCUCUAAGAGACAGAGUGCUCAUGAGGAACACGGCUAAAGCUAUGAACCAGAUGGAGAUACGCAAUGACGCAGUCUCAAAACAACUAACCUAUGAGUUCAAACACACUUCUUCUCAUAACUCAAACUCAAAACCAACUAGUCAGAUCCCCAGGUUAAGUAGCACUGACACUAAACUGUCAGGAAAUGAAUCUGCUGUUAACAAAAAAGAACCGCUCGCUGACAAAAGGCAGCAUGCAACAAAUAAAACAGAAACAGAAACCCGCUGUUCAAAACAGCAGCUGAGGCCUCAGAGUAAGACAAAGGACAAAUGUAAUGGCUCCCAAAAGCCUCCUCAGAAAUAUAAAUUUGUCAGAACAGCCAUUUCAUCGUCAGCUGCCCCACCACAGAGGUACCACUCCGACCCAGGUCAAAGCAAUAAGGACAAAAAACUGCCGCAGACCACCAAGAAGAGUGUGUGUAUGAUCAUAGGUUCAUCCAGCGAGGAAAGCGACACAGAGAACCAGCAGUCCCGACCUCAAAGAAAAACUCAAAUCAAGUCCGUAAACAAGAACAAGGCCAGCUCCCUUUCAGACGUCCCACUGAAACCUGUUUCUGGAUCUAAAACGACCAAACCGACAGCUCAUAAUGUUCAGUCAUUACGACUAAAACCUCAGAGCCGCAGUGUAAAUACGGAGAUAAAAAGCAUACCUGUAUCAACUAAAAGCACACACCGGGACGUCUCACCAGCUAAUGUGGACGACGUGUUCCUUCAGACUCCAGCAUCACCUGCCGCUGUGUUAGAUAGUGACGAUUCAGUCAUUUGUAGCGAGAGUCCACUGCCACUGGCAGAGAGACUGAGAUUGAAGUUCCUGAAGUCAUGAUUACAUGUUAACUAUUCUGCUUGAAUAUGAAAGUUUAUUCUUAAGAACAAAAAAAGUCUAACCUCAAGGUCCAUUUGCCAUCUUUUUAGAGCUGCAACAAUUAGUCGAUUAAUAAAUUGACAAAACUUUAAUCUACAACUCUUUUGAUAAACUAUAAUUAUUCAUGCAAAAGAUUCAAAUAUUAAAAGGUUCUAUCUUCUCAAAUAUGAGAAUUUGCCUUGUCUUAACUUUGCAAUAAUUAAAUAUCUUUGGGGUUUUGAUUGUUGAUCAGGCAAAACAAGAAAUUUGAUAACACCAGCUAGUGAUUUAUCAGCCUGUGAGGAUCAUUUUUCACAGUUUUCUCAUGUUUUAUAUACCAGAUGAUUGAUGAAGAUUUACCACAACUUGUUACUAUGAUUAAAGAGAUGUGAGAUGUGGUUUGAAAACUCAAGAAAAAGCUACUCAUUGGACCUUGAGUCAAACUUUUUUUUCCCCAGUAUAAAUGAUAGGAAUAGUUUUAUUAAAGCUGUGUCAUUAGAUGAUAUAUAUUGUGAGAUUGUGUGAAAUCAAUGCACAAAACAUGAAGUUGUUCGAAUAAAUAAGCUCUUUAAGAAUGUUUUGUUUGCUGCCAAAACCUUCUGCUGUCGUCCUGAAAGCAACAUGUUUAUGUAAAUCAGCUGAAAAGGUUGUGGAUUAGCACAGUCUUCAGUAAAAAGCACCACAUGAGCUUGUUUUCUCCCACUGCUGUUUGACAAGCUACAUGUCACUUAACAUGGCUAGAGAGAGAGAGGAGGACGCUGAGCCAUUGGUUUUUACAACCUGCCAGUGUUGCUCCCCUUGAUCAUGAGUGAGGCCUUACACACCUUUUUCAGACAUGAAAGGUCUGGCAGGAGCUUGGUGACAGCUGCAUCCUCUGGCCAAAUAACAACUCUGUCCCAAUGCGUGGUCUUAAAUCUUAUUUUUUCCAUCAGUUUGUCAGGAUAAAUUUAGAUAGUUUUCCAGUA